AUGGACGAGACAACGCUCGUACCAACGAUCUUAUUAACAACGCUCGUUUUGUUGCUCGCUAUCGUUAUAGCAGUUCCCUAUAUGAUUGACUUCUUCAUAAUCAUUACCACCCCAGCAUCAUUAUUUUGGGGGCUGCCGUCAUACCGGCCCCAGGGGCCACCCUUACCACCACCACCUACGGAGUCCACUAUACGCUCCACCCCCCUGAACCCCACCAUGACGGACCUCUCUGCCAGAAGUCUCAAGUAAGCCUUUAAAAUAUCUUUAAAUAUUCCAAAUACCUUCCUAAUAUUUACGUACUAAUCAGUAUUGGGUUAAGCCGGGAUAGACAAGCCUACCGGCUAAUGUGGGAAAGCGAAGGGGGGGUAGGGGUAGAGGACC